GAGUGAGUUUAAUCAAGCGUUUUCUAAAAUCUAAUCUAAAUGAAAUAAAUUUACAAAAUGUCGAUAAAGUGGACUGGUAGUGUGAGUGAUUCCGGUAUAUUACGGAAAAGUGAAUUCAAGGAGAAGAAAGAAGAGCUUUUCGUGUUCGGCUACUCGUGCAAAUUGUUCAGGGACGAUGAAAAAGCCCUGCACAUUGAUCAAGGCAAACACCUCAUACCGUGGAUGGGGGAUGAAACGUUGAAAAUCGACAGGUAUGAUGCCCGAGGCGCGCUCCAUGAUGUGGCGUCGCUGGAGGCGCCGCCGGGCGGCUUCGACUGGCGGGUUGAGCUCAAUCGGAACGAGCAGGACGUGGAGCAGCUGUGCGAUGAGGAACGCUACCGAGCGCUGCAUACUGAUGAGGAUGAGGAGGAGAUGUAUAAAGAGGAAGAAUUGAAGCGUCUUCACGCAGCCGGCUACGGACAGGUUGGGUUCAACUACGACACUCCAGCAGCAGCCCCAACCCCGACUACACCUGUGGAAGUCGAUGAGCCUUUCGUACCGACCCCAUCAUACAGGGCUCUGUUUGCUCCUGAUAUACUAUUGCCUGACUCCCUCAAGCAAAACACAAUAAUUGAGAAGACAGCAAACUUCAUCGCGUCCCAGGGCGCCCAGAUGGAGAUCCUUAUCAAGGCAAAGCAGGGUGACAACCCGCAGUUCAGGUUUCUGGACAUGGGGGCGCCACUGCGGCCUUACUACCUCGCCCUGGUUGCUCUUGUGAAGGCUGGGAAGUGGCCGGAGAAAGCCCCAGAAGUGGUUGAAGAAAAACAGCCCGAAACUGAUGAAUACCUACAUCCUAGCUUGGCUUCUACUGUCAUUGAAUCUGCACCAUCAAUACCAAGCAUACACUACCGCCCGUCCGCCGACUGCGAUUACACGAUGCUGGUCUCCAAGAUGCGAGGAGAAGCGACCCUGGACGACAUCUACACUCCGGAGCUGGCCCCCGGAGAGGUAGCUCCCCCGGGCACCGAACCCUUGCCUCCGAGAGCCAGGCCUGUGAUAUCCAGGGCCCCGGUCAUGUACACUAGGGAACAUGAGUCGCCCCCUCCCGCUGGGGCGCCGCUCGUGCCCCCCGGCCCCCCGCGGCCGCCCCGCGCGCCCGCCCCGCCCGCCCCGCCCGCCCCGCCCGCGCCCCCCGCGCGGCCCGACGGCGCCCGCUCCACCGGCCUCAGCCUCAUGAAGAACUACAACACUGACUCCGACAGUGACGCUUCGGAUUACGACUCGUCCUCAUCGGACAGCAAAGACAAACUCCUUAUCAUAACUCCGCCCGAGGACGUGCAAGUGGUGAUCGACAAAAUGGCCGCCUACGUCGCGCGGAAUGGCGACGAGUUUGCAGAGAUCGUGCGCGCCAAAAAUGACCCGAGGUUUACGUUUCUGGAACCAGAUCACAUCUACCACGCGUAUUACACGCGGCUGAUGCAGCAGAAGCGAGGAGGGGCGAAUGGGACAGGGAAGGAGGAGCCUAAGAGGACCACAGCACCAGUAUCAUUCUCAAUAAAGAAGCUGAAAGAACCCGACCCGAUACUCCCAAAACCGGCUCUCCCCUACGAGUCCAGUUCCGAUGAGGAGACCGAAAAAACCGAAAAGACCGAAACACCGGAAUCGCCUAAACCACAGAUUCCCGUCAACCAGAUACCGCAGGCGGUGGUGUAUAAGAUGGAGGCGCAGAAGGCCCCGCAGGAGCCCUCAAAGGCGCCCGUUAUGGAGAGGAAGGAAGAUAUUAUUAUGCAGCCGGUUUUGGUGCAACCAGAGAGAAUCAUUCCGAAGCCAGAAAUUCCACAGCCACGAAAAGAGAAAUCCUUAACCCCUGAACAGAAAAUAGAGAAACCAAGAGACAAAGAUAGUCCAGUCAAAAGAGACAAGCGGAAACAUAGCAAAAGAUCCAAAUCGGAGAGUAGGGAGAGAAAGAGAGAUCGGAGUGUGGACAAGGAGAGGAAAAAAGAUAAAGAUAGCGGAAAGAAGAAUGAUGUCGAUGAAAUUAUAUCGUUGGAAGACAAUGAUGAUGUUUUGAUUGAUUUGACUGGAGACUAUUCGGAUACUAAAAUGGAGGUGGAAGGGUCGGCGGGGCGGGAAAAGCAGCUAUCCCGACGCGCGCGCGCCGCCGAGUUCCUGCGCCGCGUCGGCGUCGACCCCGCGCACCCCGCCGCCGCCGCCGCGCUGCCCGCCUCCUCGCUCGCCAGCGCCAUGGUGGACACGCUGGAAUCCCUUCGAAAAAAGAAAGAAGAGGAGGAGGAAAAACGACGCCGUCGUGAGAAGAAACGGCACCGCUCCAAAUAUGAUAACGACGACGACGAAAAGGCGCAUCGGAAGAAGCGCAGAAAAUAUAGAUCUUCUGAAGAAAAUGAUGAAUCAGAUAUAGAUAGUUCUAAAAAGAAGAAGCGUAAAAAGGACAAGAAAACCAAGAACAAGAAGAAGAAAAAGCGAGAAGUAGAGGAUGAGGUAGUCCACGAGCUACCCCCGAACAUCGACUUAUCCAACACUCUGAAAGUACUGCGCACCACUUCCCCGACUAAAGAACUAUGCCAAAAUCUAGAAACACAGACUCAGCGGCAAACAUCUGAUGAAGAACGGCACAGAAGGAAAAAGAACGAAUCUUCCAGCGAAGACGAACGGUAUAGAAGGAAAAAGAAAAUUGACAAAGAAUCUUCUGGUGACGAGGAAAAAGUGUAUAAGAGGAAAGAAGAAAGUGAACAGAAGGAACAUAGAAGGAUAAAGAAGAAGAAGGAAGAUAGGGAGUACAGUGAGGGGGAGUGGUCGAGCGAUAGCGAAGAGGACUCGGCCUCGAGUAUUAGUAAAGACGACUAGGUAUGGUGUUAGUUACAUUUUAGUACUUUUAUUUAACUAAGUAAGUACUUAUAUAAUGUAUGGUAGGCCGGUAGAGGUUGGGUCUUUGAACGUACCAAAAUCCUAACCUUUUUAUUACUUAAACUCGUAACACUUAUCCGUGCCGAAUUAAGCCAGCGCGGGGCCUGUCUGUAGCAAAUUCUAUAAUGGGGCCCAUGGAUUGUUUUAAUUUUGUCAGACGAAGUGAACGAAGUGAAACUUAGGUUUUUUACGGCCACAACAACAGUACGGUAACACUAAUUUCACGGUUUAACUCACGUGUUUUUAGUAACUCGAGCGACAUGUGAGUGAAACCGUAAAAUUAACUUAAUUUUAUUGUGUCACGAUAGUUUCAAUUCGAGUACGGUAACGCAGUGGAUGCUUUUUUC